AUGACGACAGAGAAAAUGACAACUAGCUUCAAAUAUUGGGAUGAUUGUGUUCACCCUUUAGACAUUGAAGCCUUAUGGUUAGAUCCUCAAGUUAGAACUGAAUGGCUUGAUUCUGGAGAAAUUAGAGGCCAAAAGGUUCACCUCUCAAGAGAUCCAGAUGGACAACCUUUCCUUACACAAACAGAGAUGAAGGCCAUUGCAGAGAUUGUUAAUCGUAGACAUUUUCAUUCUCAAAUGGAUGUGGAAAUGAUUUGUGCUAUUGCAGAAUUAGAAAGUGAUAGACAAGUCCUUGCAACACGAUACAUAAAAAAAACGAAAGAGAGGACUUUCGGUAUCAUGCAAAUUUCUCCCCAAAUUUCUAAUUGGUUGUUCAGAGAACAUGGAUAUCGAGCAUGUGCAUUGGAAGAAGAAAGUUCUAUUUUGUAUAGACCUUUUGUAAAUGUAUAUUUUGGUGUUGCUUAUUUGAAGUGGUUAUCUAACUUUGACCAUCGCCUGAGGCCUGCUGAGGUUAGUCAUGAGGCUGAGCUCUUAGGAGAUUGA